UAUUCCCAAUCUCACCCUUUAUUGCCGCUUGUGGCUCAUAUCUGGCUCGGCUUCACCAAGCUGCCGUCCGACUACUUGGCUGCCUGUUUGCUCGAUGGCCCCAGUGAUGCUCAAAGCUACAGUUUAAUCGUCAAAUCUCCCUUUUUUCGACCGCCACCGGUUCUGAUCCUCUUCUUGACCCAUAAUUCCCGACGAUGCCCUCGAUCCUAUCCGAUGCGGACAAGGAAACCGUGAGACGCACAGUUCCGAAGCCCUCAAAUAAGAUCCUUACUGCCGCCGUUGCACGAUUAUAUGUGGCGUAUCCGGACCGGCAUAAAUGGACAUAUACUGGAUUGCAAGGUGCGGCGGUCAUCGCGAACGACCUGGUAGGACACACAUUCUGGAUCAAGUUGGUUGAUAUUUCGCCCUCCGGCAGAGGUGUCUUGUGGGACCAAGAGCUUUACGAUGGGUUUUCAUACAACCAAGACAGAACUUUUUUCCAUACAUUCGAAUUAGAAGAAUGCCUUGCAGGGCUGUCCUUCGCCGACGAGAAGGAGGCGAAGACAUUCCUCAAGAAAGUUUCAGAACGGGAAAAGCAUGCCAGCAAAGAGACAAAAGCAACUCCAUUCGCUUCAGCGCGGGGUCAGGGCCCUGCUCCUGUAGCAAACGGGAAAACCCAUCACCGUUUCGGACUCGGAAGCCUUCUGGGACAUCGAUCAUCAUCCGCUCCCACACCACCACCACCAGCAGCAGCAGCAGCAGCAGAAUCCAUCAUACCACCCAAACCGGCGCCGUCGGAGCUUCUCCCUGCUCCUGUGCGUCAUGCAGGUCCCGACGGAAAGGCUUCCCCCAUGGAUACCGUUGAUCCAUCUUGGAAGGGGUUGCUAGAUGAGCUUCUAGCGAUGGGAAUAACGGAGGAACAAAUUGCGAAUAACGCCGACUUUAUCAAAUCAUACAUAGAAUCAAAACAAAAUGACGACCAGCAGCAGUCCGCGGAGAACCCUUCCCAAGAGCUUGCCCGAAAACCAAAGGCGGCACCCCCAGCUCCACCAACAGUCCCUCCCUCCAAAGCUUCGUUAACUCCACAAAACACCGGCGGCACAAACAGUCGCGGCGCGCCGCCGCCACCUCCACCGCCCCGAAAACCUCAUGCAGAUACUACUCCUCCUUCCCCGCCUCGCGAGUCCCCGCCGGCAUCUCCAAAGAGAGACCCAUCCCCUCUGCGGCCAAGAUUCCGAGCUCCCCCGCCGAUCGUAGAUGCUGGUAAGUAUGCUUAUACAAGUGCGCCGGCUGCAAGGAACCGGGCCGCUUCCGGUUCGCACACUGCAGGAGCUGCACCUAUGCCUCCACCAAGACCUCCCAAGACACCUGAAGAUGGCCCAUCUCGACUGCAACCACCGGCACCACCAUUCCGUGGUGAAAUUAAAUCUCCAACUCCUCCGGCCCCUUCAAGCAGGGGUCCGGUACCUCUUCCUCCUCGCCAUGAUGUUAGCCCGCUGCAACCACCGCCCUUGCCACCAAAAACUCCCCAUGCGACCAGCCCAUCACUCGUCCCUCCUCCUCCACCCCCACGGGCAGCUGCCACACCGCCUCCGCCCCCGCCUCCCCGACAGGCACAACCGCCAUCUUCGACCGCCACUACACCACAACCCCCUCCACCUCCACCUCCACCUCCGUCUAGUUCAGGACCGCCCGCUCCUGGACCACCGGCCCCUCCGCCUCCUCCUCCACCUCCAAGUGCGGCUCCGGCCCCACCCCCUCCUCCGCCACCCCCUAUGCCGUCAAGCUCCGGCCCACCUCCUCCACCUCCACUUCCAAGUAGUGGUGGUGCCGCUCCUCCAGCUCCUCCGGCUCAUCCACCACGCCCAGGUAGUGCGGCUAUGCCCAAGCCCGUUCCCGGCAAAGAUGACCUAAUGGCUUCUAUUCGCGCUGCUGGUGGGGGAGGUCUACGGAGGGUUAAAGAUUCAGAAAAACGCGACAGAAGUGCAGUCGUACUACCAGGCGCAUCAACCGAAACCCCAGCCGCUUCAUCAGCUGCUCCUCCGGCAGGUGGGAUGAUGGGAGCUCUUCAAGAAGCUCUGGCUAAGCGGAAACAGAAAGUCAGUGGAAGCGACGAUGAGAAGUCUGAUGAUGACUGGUGAUGGAAUCCCAUACGAACCGUCAGCUCCAUGCCUCCCAAGCAGCUCCUCGACUA